AUCAUGUCAGCUCUCAAUCAAACCAGCUUUCAUCCUGCCUCCUUCUUCCUGACUGGCAUCCCAGGUAUGGAGGAGCUGCACGUCUGGCUCUCCAUCCCAUUCAGCCUGAUGUACAUCGUCACACUUUUCGGAAAUUUUACCUUAUUAUUUGUCAUUGUAACGGAGCGAAGCCUCCACGAGCCCAUGUACCUUUUGCUGGCCAUGCUGGCUGUCUCCGAUCUAAUAUUAUCUUCCUCUACAGUGCCCAAAACUCUGAGCAUAUUCUGGGCACAUUCCAAGGAAAUCUCUUUUGAUGCCUGCCUGACCCAGAUGCUCUUUACACAUAUUAGUUUUAUUGCGGAGUCAACAAUCCUGCUGGCCAUGGCGUAUGAUCGGUAUAUUGCCAUAUGUGAUCCCUUGAGGUACACGACUGUGCUAACACAUUCAGUGAUAGCCAAAAUAGGGCUGGCAGCUCUAGCUAGAAGCUUUUGCGUAAUGUUCCCAACACUUUUUCUCCUUUGGAGGCUACCGUACUGUGGACACAACAUUAUGCCUCACACGUACUGUGAGCACAUGGGCAUAGCCCGGCUGGCCUGUGCCGACAUAGCUGUCAACAUCUGGUAUGGUUUUACUACAACUCUUUUAUCGCCAGGACUGGAUGUUGUGCUCAUUGUUGUGUCUUAUGUUCUCAUCCUCAGGGCUGUCUUUAGGCUCCCGUCCAAGGAUGCCCGGCUCAAAGCUAUUGGGACCUGCAGCUCCCACAUCUGUGUCAUAGUCAUGUUUUACAUGCCAGCGUUCUUCACCUUUUUCACACAUCGGUUUGGCCACAACGUCCCCCACAACGUUCACAUCCUACUGGCCAAUCUCUAUGUGCUCCUUCCACCCAUGUUAAACCCCAUCAUCUAUGCAGUGAAAACUAAGCUAAUUUGGGAAAAGGUGGUCUGCAUGUUCUCCAAGGUAGGGCAGUGGUGCUGA